GGGCCAGUCCUGUUGCUGGCCCCCACUUUCUCUCACCCUAUCCACUCUUCCCCAUGUCUACCAGCUGCCAUAGAUGAGGGUCACCGGAGCUAGAGCCCAGUGCUGGAGCAGAGCAGGGGCCUGCUUCCCAGGCCUUGAUAUCUACCCACCUCUGACGGGGAGGGGCUCCUUAAGAAGGUCUUUUCAGGGCCUUCCUCCACCAAGGCCUGACCUGGAUACCACUUCAGAUCCCAGUAAGGGUCUGAGUGUUCAUUUAGGUUGAGUGCUGGAGCCAGGGGUGGGGGACCAUGAAUGCCGUUACAUGCUAAGUCCAGACCUCCACUUUAGGUAGAGGGGUGAGGGGAGAAGUUUGGGUCUUUGAUAAAAGGCUGCCUGUCAUUUCCUGGUGCUCAGCAUGUGCCAGGCUGGGCUGGUUAUAUCACCUGCUGAUCAGGUAGGCUCUAUUAUUAUCCCCAUUUUACAGAUGAGCAAACAGGGGAGCUGAGUGGGAAAGAUGAAGCUGAUUGAUUUGCGCCUAGAGUCCCUCAGUUACCUCUCCUGAGCAGCGUGCCUGGUGACCUGGCAAUGCCAUUGAGGGCCCAGGCAGGCACUAUGGUCACAACCUGAUGACUGUGAGGGUAAGGACAGGGUGUCCCUGGGAAAGGCCCUCCCUUCUGCUGAGGAAGCAGCUUUUCCAGUCAAACAAUAGCGUCUGUUCCUGGCAGGCUAUCAAGCUGGGCUGGGCUGGGCUGGGCCAUUGUGGGAGGGGGUGGGAGAGGGAGGAAUAGAGCCUCCCUAAGAGCUUUCAGGCAUCACAGGGCCUGGGCCUGGAACAUCUUGUCCUGGUACAGCUGGGGAUACUGAGGCCUAGGGAGGUCAAGCACCUCUGAGUCUAUCAGGGCAGGCUACCACUUCCUGCCUCCCACCCCUCACCCCUGUGGUUUCCCACCCCAUCUGUACCUGUCAUGAGGGGUUUUGAGGACUCCCUUCCCCCUGGCUUUCCAGGGAACAGGCCAGGAUGUGGCAGCUGCAGUGUUCCACAGGAGCCCCCUGAGCCAGAGAGCCCAGGGAGGGAGGGUGCUGCCCAGCUUCCAUCCACCUACAGUAGAGGCUUCUGAGCAGGCAGGAGGCUUGUGUAGGCCUGCUGGGUCCCAGUCAGGCCUGAGGCCUGCUUUAACCUGUUUGGUUCAAAGCUUCAGUUCUGAGGCCUAAGGAUGCUUGGGCCAGACAAAGGUCCCCCAGAGCAUGCUCUGUCUGUCUUGCUACAGAGCCAGCCUAGGUAUGCUGAUGCCUGCUUAGACUUUGAAGUCUUCUUAGACCUGAGGCAGCCUGAGCAGAACACAUUCUAAUGUUGAAAUGAGCCCAACUUGGUCCUAACAAGCCUCAGAUCUGGGGCAUCUGCCAGUGCUGAGGGCCUCUCUGGGCAUGAAGCAAGUUUACAUGUGCUCAGGCCAACUGGGUUCUGCUAAUGGCUCACUCUUUGGGAGGUCUCAACAGGGCUCAAGUCUCAAGUCUGAGAUCUGAGUACCCAUGAGCCCCAGAUGCAUGGGAGUGUCUACUGAAGUCUGAGCCUUCCCUUGGGCAUCCCUGGCCCAAGCGCUUAGUCUUGAGGGGUCUCAAGCCAUAAAUAAGCCUGGCCACCUUCAUUACCCUACCCUACAGUAUGUUGCUCAGACAUAAGUGGCUGGGGCCCUCCCUAUCUCUAUGACCCCCGUGAGUAAGUGCAUUCUUCCUCCGCAAGAGGAAGAGGGAGAAAGGCAGCAGGACACUUCGUUGGGAGAGAAUCACAGGGUCACCAGGGCUUUACAGCAUACCCCUCCAUACUCCAGAGUUUUGGAGGCGACAUUCUGGUCCCAGCUGAGCCCUGGUUCGCCUCACGGCCCUUCGGAGCCUCAAGGAUAUCAAUCAUAAGACCCAUAUGGGGACCCGAAGGACAAAAACCUAUUCCACACCUCCCCCAUGCUCCCGACCCCAGCAAGGCAGGAGGCCUGCGGAAAAGCCGGCUGAGGGGGCGCGGCAUAGGCGGGGCCUGGAGGACUCAAUGGGGCGGGAUCAGCCUAAAAUCCCCAGCCAACGCUAAAGGGGCGGAGUCAUCGGGGGCGGAGCUCGGCGGGCUGGAACACGAGGGAAGAGGCUCUGGCCUCAAAAAGGAGGCGUGGCCACUCCAGAUAGGCCGCUCAUUCCUGAGGGCGUGGCCGUCAGGGAGGUGGACAAGGCAUGGGGCUAGGAAGAUCCACGGCUUAGCGGGCGGCGUGGAAGCGGCUGCAGAGCGGCUCCUUUAAGCCCCCGGCACCGCCCCCACCGCCCCGCCCCCCGCGGCGGUCUGGGUCUGGUUGGCGACCCGGUCGGGUCCGCGCGGACCGGGAUGGAGCUGCACAUCCUAGAGCACCGGGUGCGGGUGCUGAGCCUCGCCCGCCCAGGUCUCUGGCUCUACACCCACCCGCUCAUCAAGCUACUCUUCCUACCCCGCCGCAGCCGGUGCAAGUUCUUCAGCCUGACGGAGACCCCCGAGGAUUACACGCUCAUGGUGGACGAGGAGGGCUUCAAAGAACUACCCCCAUCUGAGUUCCUUCAAGUGGCUGAGGCCACAUGGCUGGUGCUGAACGUGUCAUCCCACAGUGGUGCAGCAGUGCAGGCUGCUGGGGUCACCAAAAUCGCGCGCUCAGUCAUUGCACCACUGGCCGAGCACCAUGUGUCUGUGCUGAUGCUGUCUACUUACCAGACGGACUUCAUCCUGGUGCGGGAACAGGACCUGUCUGUGGUGAUCCACACGCUAUCCCAGGAGUUCAACAUUUACCGAGAAGUGGGCGGGGAGCCUGUGCCUGUUGCCAGGGAUGAUUCCAGCAAUGGCUUUCCCCGUUCUCAGCAUGCAGGACCCAGCCCCACUGUGCAUCCCAUCCAGAGCCCACAGAACCGCUUCUGUGUCCUUACGCUGGACCCUGAGACACUGCCAGCCAUUGCUACCACCCUCAUCGAUGUUCUCUUCUACUCAUACAGUGCCCCCAAGGAGGCAGCCUCUGGUGGUCCUGGACCCAGCUCUAUUACAUUCUUUGCCUUCUCCCUCAUCGAGGGCUACAUCUCCAUCGUCAUGGAUGCUGAGACGCAGAAAAAGUUCCCCAGUGACCUCCUGCUGACCAGCUCCUCGGGGGAGCUGUGGAGGAUGGUGCGCAUCGGUGGACAGCCCCUGGGCUUUGAUGAGUGUGGAAUCGUGGCUCAGAUCGCAGGCCCCCUGGCUGCGGCCGACAUCUCUGCCUACUACAUCAGCACCUUCAACUUUGACCAUGCCCUGGUGCCUGAGGAUGGCAUCGGCAGCGCCAUUGAGGUCCUCCAACGACGGCAGGACGGCCAGGGCUCCUGAGGCCUCCAUGCUGUCCCCUCACCCCAGGCUUCCAGAGACGUCUCUAAGCUAUUUCCUCAAGCUCUGGGAUGAGUCCUCCCCACCCCCAUUCCUGCUGGGGGACCCCUCCUUCUGCUCUCUGUAUGUAAGCUGCGUGCAGGCACCGGCUCUCACGUGGACACGCGUGUCUGCCCACGCAGGGGAACACGGUGCUCUGGGCUUCCUCCAGGAAGCCCUCACCCCUCACUCCCUGCUCGGCCUCAGUGUUUGCACAUUCCCUGCCUGAGGCCCAAGACAUCCCCCCUCUCAGUGCCCUGAGCCAGCUGCUCCCUUGGACAGGGCCCUGGUCUUCAUUCUGCUUCUGGCUGGGUCACCUUUCUGGCCAGGUGAGUUCUGACAGUGCCUGCCCCUCCCGGGGCCUCCAAGAAAAGUAUUUUUACAUCUUUCUCCCUUUUUUAUUGACUUAUUAAUAAAGGCUUAUAGUUAUAAA